AUGCUGACAGUUCCCGUGGUUUACCGUGCAUUUGUCGCUUGGAAUUCUGAUGUUUUGGAUUUCAAUGGGUUGCAUCCAGAAACUGGAAGAGCUUGGACUGGAACAAUGAAGAAGGAUGAGAGAGGAGAGUGGAUUGUGGAUGGAAGUCCGGAGGAUCAUGGAGUCUCUUAUUCAAGGAAUCAAGGUAUCAGGUUGCUAGGAAUUAAUGAAUGA